AGUGUAGGUAUAUGUUGGGAAUUUUUGCAGCAUAAUCUGAAAUACCUUACCUUCUGAAAAUUAACGUUACAAAUCACAGCAUAAUCCGUUGCAGCUUAUUUGUAGCAAUGCCUUGUAACGAAAAAUGCUCGUACACAGCCUGAUCGUGCAUGCAAUUGCCAUCUCCUCACUACUUGCAAACAAGAAACAAAAUGCUUGUUGUCUAACGAAAAUUCACCAACUUCACAACUCACAAAAGCCACUGAUGUUGUCUUGCACAAGUUUUUAUUCUGUAAAAACAGUGAAACACUACAAUGGUAAAAGAAAAUUAGGAGGUCCAGGUUUAAAGCUUUUGCGAGAGCACACCAAACAGUGCCGCCUAGCCACUCCGUCCAUGCAGUGAGAUAAAAGUUCAAGCUUUCACAAGAAAUCCUCCAUCAGGGCCUCUCCAAAAAUAACCCCACCAAGGAAGGCCCAGCCCCAAAAGGCACCUUCAAGAAGGCGGAGAAGCUUCUCCAAUCGGCAAAUCGCCCCAUCCCUAUAUUAGCCGUUUCUUCCUCCUGAAACUCUCUUUCCCGUUCCCAAAUCCUUCGAAUCCCCGAGCCCGGCGGUGGACGGAGCGGGCGGAGCCGAGCGCGCCGCCAUGAAGGUUGCUGAUAUUAAAAAGCUCAUUGAGACCACACAAGGGCAGAAUGUCCACCCAGCUGACGGACAGGUGUUUAUUCAUCAAGGGAAAGUUCUAAAAGAUGAGACGACACUUGAAGAGAACAAAGUUCUGGAGAAUGACUUCAUCAUUAUAGCGCUGUGCAAGAGUGUUUCCUCUAGUUACAUCCCUGAAGGAAUGGAGACUAAGGAAUGGGGUGGUAUUGAUCGUGAAACCGAUGAGAGGUGCUGCCAUGGAAAGCGUCCAAGGCGCCUCUUAUGUUGGGAUGGCAAGAACACUAUCUUGGUUGCCCGCUUAGGGUAAGUCAAACAUGUGUGAUUUCAUUGAGUGGAAGGACGACAAGUGUCUGGCAAUGUUCCAGGAGGUUGCUGCAAACAUUUGGGAAGUUGUUGACAAUUUCAAGAAGAAGGCUGAUGAUCUCCAGGUUGAUCUGUUGGCGGAAAUUCAGCUAAGGAAUGAGAUGUAUGAAGAGAAAGAAGCUUUGAUGAGUGAGAAGGAAGACUGGGCCAGGCAGAAGGAGAACCUCAUCAUGGAGAAGGAGAGGCUCGAGAGGGAACUGACCAUGAGGACUCUUCUUGCUCAGACAAGCUGCUCUACUUUGGAGAAUAGGAUCAGGAGUGAUGGUUAUGACAAGAAGAUGUUGUAUGGGUUUAUCUUGUGUUUGCUUGGGUUGAUGGUGGCAAUCCUGUUUGGACUUAUCCUCAAGAACAAGUGACAGCAUCAACAAAUGAAGUGAAGACGGUCUCCUCUAGUUUUCUUUUGCAUUGUAGCCACUGACCAUGUUGGCAUGUUGCUUGUGUGGUGACAAACUUGUGUUUCAGUAGAUUGCAUGCUGCCUGUUAGGUGUUUCAACACGAACUGCUAUAGUGUGUUGAUCUUUUGUAAUGUUAAGGUACUCCUUAUGAUGUAUGGUUUGGCAAUCAUGACCUCACAUUGGCAAUGUUUGCAAGUGAAGUAGACGGCUUAAAAGUUAAAAGGUUGCUGUAGUUUGGCGACAUGCUUAUUUGUUUGUGGUGUUCUAAAGGCAGUUUAUCAUCGUGUGGUACGCUUGGUAGUUGGUGCUGUGCUUGGUUUCUGGAUGUAGUAUGCUGUAUGCUGAUUGCUGAGUAAAGAGAAACGGAUGGUUCUAA